AUGCGUCUCCGGUCGAACCACGUUCUGCCAGACCCUAAUCAGGCCCCUCCUCCCCCUCGUCGUCGUCGCCAGACGCGAGCUUCUUCUGCACAGCCCACCGAGCCGGCCACUGCCACGGCCAGAGGCCCUGCUAAGAAGGUCACCAAGAAGACCCGCGGCAAGAAGAAUGCCCGCAAGGCCAAAACACCAAGCCCUGAACCCGAAAUCCUCUCCACUACCGCUUCGCCAGUCCCCCACCUGGUAGUCUCCCAAGAUCACAGCCCACUGGCCGCCACCCCGGCGGUUCAGCCUACCGAUGACCGUGAGUUGGAUUCCUCUAUUCGCCCUCAGGACCCCCAAUUUGCACCCCAGGACACCCCCGUGACACCCCAAGACUUCCCCGAGAUGCCUGAAACCCUCCUCGGGGCAUCCCUCUUCACAAUCGAAGAAGAAGAAGAGCCAUUUUCGCCGUUCCAACAGCGCGCCCAACAACGCAAUGAAGAGCGCAUCCAAGCCGCGCGCAUCCUAGAACAGGUGCGCCUUCAACGGCGCAUUCUUGUGUGCCUUGCAGAGGAACGGCGCCUCCAGGAGCGCAUUCACCCAUCCCAAACCUCCCCCAUCCCCCUUGACGAACCCCAACAUCCCUCCCCCUCCUCUCUUGAAGACGACGAUGAAUUCGUUGAUGCCUGUGAGGUUAUUGACCGCAACUCCAAAUCGGCCAAGUCGUGGCUGUUGCGCAAAAAGCUCUUUGGCGGCGGUCCUUUGCGGGUCCUUGAGCCCCUCUCACCCUUCAGCGAGGACCGCAAGUACCGCAUCAUGAACAACAUGGACCUUCCCGAUCCCCCAGGCAUUUGGACCAAAAUCAAGGAAACGCAGGGGCUAACUUACUAUCAAGACCGCUGGGGCAUCAAGCGGGUGUACCAGCCAGACCAGCCCGAAUCGUCACCCGCCAAACGUCAGAAGUCAUCAACCGCGUCCCCGGCUAUCCUCUCAUCUCCCCGCCCCCGUGGAGCCUCCCGGAAGACCUACGCAGAUCGCACUCGCCGCCGACAAAUCGAGGCCAAUGGCCGGAUAGACCGAACUAUCUUUCGCCUUCCUGAGCUGCUUGCUCAGCAACGGGCAGAUGCCGCAACAAACACGGCUCGCUUGUCUCCCAAUUCAGAUGAUACCAUUCCUCCCAUGACCCCUCCCCCUACCGCCCCUGCACCCGCUGCCGCUGCCGCUGCAACACAACCAAACACAAGCUGGCGGAGAUGGAUGUUUGAUUCAGUUACUCGUCGUUGGACCAGCCUGUGGGGAGGAACCCCCGCGGAAGAGGCUGCAGAGCAGCCCAUUGUGGAAGAACCUCAAACCCCCCAUGCUCAACAAAACAUUUCUUCCGACCCACCUGCAUCUGCCCCCUCGGCAUACUAUGCCGCGCGCUCACGACAAGAUAAUCCAGAUACAGUGACACCUCAACAGGCUGGCAAUCCUCGCGUCCGCCGUCGCACACAAGCUCGUCCUUACUACCCAUCCCGCCGCUAUGACCUCUAUCCUCGCGGCUUCGACGAAGCCCUUCUUGACCGUUGCUUCGCCGGAAGCACCGCCCCAGGCCACCGCAAAGUCCCCGCUCCGCCUGAACAAAAACAAUCACAUGAAAAUGAAAUUGAUUCUUCAAACAAGCGCAAACGCCAACCCUCCCCCGAUGUGAUUCCGAAUCCUCCAGGGUGCAGUUACGGCUUGCAUGAUGAUUACUUCACCUAUGACGAUGACGACGAGGCAUGGGCUGCCGAGGAACAGGCACGCCGAGAUGCUGCGAAGACGUCCCCGGAUUCUAAGAAACCCGCCACAAAGAAAGCUCGGGCCAAUUUCAAUCAUGCUGGGCACUUUGAGGUGCCUUAUUCAUCGGGCUCAGAGGGGCCCACCCCAGUCAAACAGCCCGUCGUGAAGAACUUCAAUCAAUCUGGACACUUUGAGGCGCCUUAUAUAUCGGGCUCAGAGGGCCCCACCCCAGUCAAACAACCCGUCGUGAAGAACUUCAAUCAAACUGGACAUUUUGAAGUCCCCGAAUCCUCUGGUUCGGAGGCGUCGUCUUUGGACACUGGCAAAUCGUCAGGCCCUAAGGCUCAGGGUGCGCGAUCCAAGAGAAGCCCCUCCCCCUGA